AUGCAUGGUACUUGUGAGAAUUUGAAUCCUAAGAAUGUUUGUCUGGAAAAGAAUUUUGUGUGUAAAAAUAAAUAUCCGAGAGAUUACGUUGAAAAUAUUUCUUUGGCUAAAUAUGAUUUUCACAUUAAUGUGGAGGUGUGUUCUUCUGUUAAAACUGUUAAAUAUCUAUACAAGUACGUAUAUAAGGGACAUGACCACAUUCAUUUUACUUUAAAUAAAGAAACAAACGAAGAAUUCAUUGAUGAGAUUUCAAACUACCAAACAAUUAGAUGGAUAUCUCCACCUGAAACUAUGUGGAGGAUAUUUAGUUUUGAUUUAUUUGAUAUAUCUCCUACAAUAAUCUCUUUACAGUUACAUACUAAAGAUGCUCAAACGGUUACAUACAAGGAGACAUAUGAUUUAUCAAAGGUUAUAAAUAAGGAUUUUGUUUACCGAACAAUGUUAAAAGAAUUUUUUAGAAUGAAUAUUUCAAAUGAAAAGGCAAAAACUCUACUGUAUAAAGAUUUUCCAACCUAUUUCGUAUGGGAUACAUCCAUGCGAAUUUGGACUCCCAGAAAAAGCAAAAAUGUUAUUGGUAGAAUAGUCAGUGCUAAUCCAUGUGAAGGUGAGAGGUAUUUUUUAAGAGUUUUACUAAAUCAUAUUAAAGGGUCAAAAUCUUUUGAAUAUUUAAAAACAGUUAAUGGUAUUGUUUUAUCUACUUAUUUUGAAGCAGCACUUUCCCAUGGUCUUCUUAGUGGAAAUAACUAUUCUGAGAUGUGUUUAUCUGAGGCAGUUGCUUACCAAAUGCUCAUAUCAUUGCAACAACUAUUUGCCAAUGUAUUGAGUUUAUCUUGUUCUACAAAUCCAAGGAAUUUAUGGGAUAAAUUUAAAAAUUUCAUGAUAGAAGAUUAUUUACAUAAAGGUUUCACACAACAAAGUGUAGAGAUGAAAGCUUUACAAUAUAUAAAUUCUUUCUUAGAAGGUGUUGAUAAGAAUAUAAUUGAUUUUUGCUUGGUAGAUUUUGAUUUAACUAUAAAUGAUGGAGACACUGGAAAAACAUAUUUAUACAAGGCAUUACUUUUUUGUCUAUGGUCUCGAAAUCUUAUCACACUAACAACGAUAUCAUCAAGUGUAGCUGCAUCUCUAUUACCAGCUGGUAGAACAAGACAUUCAAGAUUCAAAAUUUCGCUUGAAGUAAGUUGUGAUAUGCACUGUUCGGAUGAAGCACCAAUGGUUCAUAAAUAUGCUUUUGAGGCUUUAGAUAAAAUGUUAAGAGACAUUACUGAAUGUCAAUUACCAUUUGGUGGGAAAAGUCAGUGUGUGGAUGAGAUUUUUGACAAGUUUUACCAAUAUCUAGCUCUAGACGGUAUACCUCCACAUGAGCUCAUAUUGAAAAAAAAUGGUCCAGUUAUGUUGCUCAGAAAUAUCAAUCCUGCAGAAGGUUUAUGCAAUGAGACUAGAUUUAUUUGUCGUGAUUUUAAGCAGAAUGUUAUCUUGACUGAAAUUGGGACAGGAGAAUAUUGUGAAAAGCAAGUAUUUUUACCUAGAAUUCCAUUCAUUCCUCUUGAAGGCGAUAAACAAUCUGUACCAUUUGAAAGAACUCAAUAUCCAAUUCGUCCAUGUUUUGCAAUGACUAUUAACAAAUCUCAAGGCUGUGUAGCUGUCAGAUGUUGCGUGGUGGUUAAUAUGAAUACAAUUGGGAAAGCUGAUAUUUAG